AUGUACCGGAAUGUUAAUGCUAAUGUUAUUGUCUACAUCUUACAAUCUAGCCACAAACAAAAGACUACUCACAAAGACACACAUCCACACAAGCCCGAGAAUUACCACACCCCGAGGCGGGGAAAAAAGACACGCUCCCAAGGAGCAAGCACCAAGGAGCCGCAUAGGGAAGUCACGAGACAGGACACACCACCAAGAAAUCGACCCAGACGCCUGGACCCCCAACCACUGCCCGACAGGCGAGGCGUCAUACGAAAGGUGAGCACCCCACGCGCAUCACUGGUGGUGCCGUGGACAGACGCUCCCCGACGCCUAAAACUAGUCAUCACGAACGGUGACGCAGACAUCGAAAGUCUUAGGAAAUCCCCAAGACUACCUCAACACCCUAACCCUUACCUAUCCCCACCCCCUAUCUCCAACCCGACACUGACCGCAGGACAAGAGACAUCCUGA